AGGUGAGCUUGCGUUAUGCCAGGACUGUCUGCUAAAUCGAGGGUGCCAAGUAUCUUGUUAUUGGUACCACUUUUACAUCAGGGAGGGAGAGAGACGCGACCACUGGACACACCUGAAACCCAGCAGUCGGCGCGACGAGUGCAGGGCGCCGUCUGCUGCAGAAACCUUGUCAACAUGAGACUUGCACUGGUGUUGCUGCGCAAAAGAAUGCCCAAUGGUCACAUACAUACUGGCAAGCACCGUUUAUAUCCGAAGGUGACCAAAAUGGAUACAGCAGACAUGAAAAGACGACUGGAGAUUGAGGAGCAGAACAUGCUUAUCUUGAGAUACCCGUAUCUCACGCUGGAUCAGUCAUGGGGUCACGCGCAAGCUCUGGGCAAGGGAAAGGCAUUUUGUGAUAAGAUGAAGAAUUUUUCAGAAAAGUGGCUGCCUAAUGUCACCAUAGAGGAACGAUUUGAAACUUUAAGGAACAAAGACAUUUGGGACUGAUGUGGCUGUGGCAUGUUAGAUUUGUGAUAAUAAACCUGUAAAGUAUAUAGUA